CGAAUAUGCAUUGUUCAGCAUAUCAGCAUAUUGAAAUUCUGUUGCUGUUGAAGCACUCUUCAAUUUUGUUGUUUCAACGAUAAUGAUUUUGAUCAUACUGUGUCAAAGUAUGAAUUUAUACAAGCAUUGUUUUCCAAAGAUUUUCUCUAUCCUAAAACUAAAGACUUGUUUGAUUCAUAUUAAACAAAAUGAGAUCUAUUGAUUGUGACCUGUUUAUCAUAAUGCAGAACUGGUACCAGGAGAUGGCGAAGUUGAAGGCAAAGUUUGAGUCUCUGCAGCGCUCCCAGAGGCAUUUGCUGGGGGAAGACCUUGGACCAUUGAGUGUGAAAGAACUGCAACAACUUGAACGUCAACUUGAGUCUGCUCUGUCACAAGCUAGGCAAAGAAAGGCUCAGAUAAUGCUGGACCAGAUGGAAGAACUUCGGAAAAAAGUAAGCAUGCUGUGA